UAUGUUAACUUUGUUAAUUAGUUUGUUGCGUCAACUACAACGCAUCGUUGUGCCUCUUGUGCCCGGCGUUGUUUCUUUUACACGUGCCCGCUAUGUGUAAAGACGGCGGGCGGACAAGUGUUGUAGUAGUAGCCGGUAGAAAAGAAAGAAACGUACGAAUGCGCGAGAAUGGCAACGAGAGAACGUUUCCCUUCGUCGAGUAGUACCGACGACGAUCAAAGCGGUUCUGACACGGAACACGAUUCGAACUCCUCAUUGCGCGCCAAAGUCCAUUCUGGGAUAGUCCAUCAUACUGGUACGCAUUCCGUGAGGAAACGCCGUGGAAACUUACCAAAGCAUUCGGUGAAAAUUUUAAAACGAUGGCUUUACGAGCACAGAUACAAUGCGUAUCCAAGCGACAGCGAGAAAUUGACGUUGAGUCAAGAAGCGAAUUUGACGGUACUCCAGGUUUGCAAUUGGUUCAUAAACGCUAGACGACGAAUUUUACCAGAAAUGAUUCGAAGGGAAGGUCACGAUCCUCUGCAGUAUACGAUAUCUCGCCGCGGUAAAAAGAUGCCUGCUGGAAGUCACCAACAAUCGUCCGCUGUUGGUUCAAGAUCCAAUCAAAACUGGGAUUCGUUGGCUGGCAUGAGUGCUCCGAAACGUAGCAGAGACCACGAUUACGAAGAUCCUGCUGGUUUAAUGUAUCGAAGCGAAGAGGACAGUCCAAAUGAUUAUGAGAGCAGCUCUCAUAGCGAGGAGGAACGUCCAUCGACGCAAUGGCCGAGCGUAAUAGUGUACCCUUAUUCAGAAACUAAAGUUGAACAAAACGUUGGUCAACUUGGCGUUGGUGCUUACGACGAAGCCAUUACCCAUCCAGCGCGUCGAGGAGAUGACGACGAAUCUUCCAUGGGAAACGAAGCCGCCUAUUGGAGCGCACCUAGACAGCAUCUCGUUCAAACGUCUGACGUGCAGCAUGAAACAGAAGUAUACAGCACGCGCAACGCUCACAGUCCUCACACGGAUGAGACGCCACCUCCGACACCUCCCGAAGAGGAUAAAGACAAGUUUAAGUGUCUCUACUUGCUAGUUGAAGCAGCCGUUGCUGUGCGACAACAGGAGAAAGAACGCGAACGAGCUGUGCCAGUUUAACAAGAGCGUGCACCCACUCUUUCUCGUAGCUUAUAUCGGUGUUUUUUUUUUUUUUU